GCAGAUUCUUUCAGAUGUCCAGCAAGACAACUCUGAUUCAGAAGAGGAAGUGGAGGAUGUAUCAGAAGAAGAAGAUGGGGAGGAAUACAACCCAGAGCAUGAUAAAUCAUCUUCAGAAGAAGAAGAAAACCCUGAAGCUGAAAGAGAGACUUUCCUUUCAAAAAAUGACAAAAUAACAUGGUCCUCAGCAGCAUAUGACCAACACGGCAGGCAUGCAGAACAAAACGUCAUAAAGAUGACCCCAGGACCCACAAGGUAUGCCGUUUCUCAUGCCCAUGACAUUGUCUCUACAUUCUUCCUGUUUAUCACACCAGCAAUAGAAAAAAUAAUCCUGGAGAUGACAAAUCUGGAGGGUUUUCGCAAAUAUGGAGACAGCUGGAAAAAGAUGGAUGAGACUGACCUGCAGGCCUACUUAGGGCUGCUAAUCUUAGCCGGUGUGUACAGGUCCCGAGGUGUGGCUGCAGCUAGUCUAUGGGAUGCAGAGAGUGGAAAGCCAAUUUUUCCGAGCCACAAUGCCACUCAAACUCUUUCACACCUACUCAAGACUGCUACGAUUUGAUGACCGUGAGUCAAGACCAGCAAGACGUGUGACAGACAAACUUGCAGCCAUAAGAGAGGUCUGGGACAAGUGGGUGGAGCGGCUGCCCUACCUCUACAAUCCAGGGCCUGACGUAACAGUGGAUGAGCAACUGGUUCCAUUUAGAGGUCGUUGUCCUUUCCGGCAGUAUAUGCCCAGCAAGCCAGCAAAAUAUGGGAUCAAGUCAUGGGUGGCUUGCGAUGCCAAAUCAAGCUAUGCUUGGAAAAUGUAAGUCUAUACCGGGAAGCCGACCAGUGGAUGCCCAGAGAAGAACAAGGGGAUGCGAGUUGUGCUUGAUGUGACAGAGGGACCGAGGGGUCACAAUGUGACAUGUGACAAUUUCUUCACCUCUUAUGAACUCGGACAGCAGCUCCUGAAGAGGAAGAUCACCAUGGUUGGUACAGUUCGAAAGAACAAGCCUGAGCUCCCACCUGCACUGCUUGCAUCAAAGGAGAGAGAGGUCUUCUCAUCAAAGUUUGCCUUCAUGCCCACCACCACUCUAGUUUCUUACCUCCCAAAGAAAAACAAGAAUGUAGUUCUUCUGAGCACACUGCACACAGACGGUGACAUUAGCGAUCGUGAGGACAGGAAGCCAGUCAUCAUCCUAGACUACAACCGCAACAAAGGAGGUGUGGAGAACCUAGAUAAGGUGAUUGGAACAUACAGCUGCAGAAGGAUGACUGCCCGCUGGCCCCUGGUCAUCUUCCACAACAUCAUUGAUGUUUCCUCCUACCAUGCCUUUGUGAUUUGGAGAGAGAUCAACCCGACCUGGAUGUCUCGUAAGCAGAACAAGAGGAGGGUGUUCCUGGAGCAGCUAGGAAAGGCACUUGUAAUUCCACUCAUUGAAAGAAGGAAGGCCCCGCACAGAAGCCUCAGCAGCAGUUGUGAAAGCUAUUCAGAGUGCAGGAGCUCCUGAUCAACCUGAGGAUCCAGCUACCACAGCCACUUCCCCAGCUAGGGCAAGUAAGAGGAAGAGAUGUCAGUUCUGCCCUCAAAAGAAGGACUGUAAAACACAUACUGUGUGCUGCAGGUGUAAGAAAUAUAUCUGCAAAGGCUGUGCACUUGCAUACUGCCCUACAUGUGCUAAUUAGUUGAAUGGGUUAUGUUAUUUUUCAUAUAUUUGUAUUGUACAUUGUCUUAAAUUGUUCACUGGAGAAAGAAAAGAAAGAAACUGAGUCAUUGGGAUUAAUAAAAAUGCAUUCAACACUCCUUUUUGCACAUUUUUUUUUUCUUUUCUUAAGCUAUAUAAAUACAAGUGAAGAGGGAAAACUCAGGUAUUCACACAUUUUGUGGUGAAUGACAAGUUGUUUCUUCAAGCAAGAUGAAAUUUGGUGUUUAAAUUCAAUUAAGCUGCUUAUAUUGGGGGUUUAGUGAAGACGGGUCAUUUUGACCCGGAGGACACAGGGUGUAUACAGAAAAUGAGGACAACAGGAGGGUUAAGCUACCUGUCUGUGUUUCUAAAUAGUUUUCCCUCCUAGCCUUAAAGAAAUGAAGCAUGUGAGCUAUUAUAGGGACAAUGAAUGUA